UGCUGCCCUCACGGAGCUGUUUAGUUCAAUGUGUGUGGAGGUAUGGGUGUGGGGGUCUCACCUCUGUCUCUCUCUCUCUCCUGCCUCAGAAGAAAAGCAAAGUGCACUAUCACAUUGCCGUCAUCAUCAACUACCUGGGCCACUGCAUCUCCCUGGUAGCCCUCUUGGUGGCCUUUGUCCUCUUUCUGCGUCUUAGGAGCAUCCGGUGCCUGAGAAACAUCAUCCACUGGAACCUCAUCUCGGCUUUCAUCCUGCGCAAUGCCACGUGGUUUGUGGUCCAGCUCACCAUGAGCCCCGAGGUCCACCAGAGCAAUGUGGCAUGGUGCAGGUUGGUGACAGCUGCCUACAACUACUUCCAUGUCACCAACUUCUUCUGGAUGUUUGGCGAAGGCUGCUACCUGCACACGGCCAUCGUGCUCACAUACUCCACUGACCGCCUACGCAAGUGGAUGUUCAUCUGUAUUGGCUGGGGUGUACCUUUCCCCAUCAUUGUGGCAUGGGCCAUUGGGAAGCUGUACUACGACAAUGAAAAGUGCUGGUUUGGCAAACGUCCUGGAGUGUACACUGACUACAUCUACCAGGGCCCCAUGAUCCUGGUCCUGCUG